UUGCCUAGCAACGGGAGGCGAAGUGAAUCAAUGGGUCCUGCCUCAGUAUUAAAUAUAUGAAUACCGGGAUCAGAAGCGCAGAGGAUAUAUUAAUUCUACUAGAAAGACGUUAAACAAACAUAUUGGAUUUUCUGGCGGUUUUUUUUUGGAGUCCUUGGAAGUUAGCAUUUAUACCCAACUCGAUCCGUAUUCAAAAUGUCGGUGCUCCUAACAGCCUGUAGAAAAAGUAAGCAAAAUGCCAUCGAGAAGGCCCUCAAGAAGAAAGCAGAAGAUAAGAAAGCUAGGCGUGAGGCCAAAGAAGCCCGGAUGCUCGCUUACCAGGCGGACCAAGGAAUGCCCUCGAUGCAUACCGAAUGUCAUGAUACCACAGUGUGGAACUUCAUGAUUUCUGAAGAAACCUUCAACAUUUCCUUCAGAAUGUACACUGGUGAGGUGUUCUGCAAUGGAGAAAAAAUGGACGCUAUGGAAACAUUUGCGGAGGAAGAUUGCAGCUGCACGUACGAUUUUGCAAUGAAUGGACAUAAGGGGCGCAUUGUGACACGUGACGGCGCCCCCAACACCCUGACCGUCGACGGAAUGCUGGUACCCAACUGAUAAAAGAAAUUUUAUCAAAAGAGCCAUAGAGAUACUUAAAACUUUUUCCCGCAAUCUGUGAUAACUAUGAAAAGACGUAAUAUCAACUCAUUGAUUUCAAAUUUUUGAAAAUUUUGCUUUUUAAAGGAUACUUGAGGGAAAUUAAAAAACAUUUUGUUUUUAUAAUUCUGACGUAACACUAGGCCGAUUUGAUUUCUGUAUAUAUUGGGGACCAUGAUGAUGUAAGUUACUUAUUUUUUUUUUUUUUGUAUAUAUACAUGUAUAAUCGGUCAUGUAUUUUGCUGCUGAUCAAAGCUUUUUUCUAUAUUGAUUAACAAAAGGGGAAUAUAUUAAUUAAGAAACUACGAAAAAUAAAACGUGGCGUAUAAGUUUUAAUCUUUAUUCUAUAACUGCUAGUUUUACGUGUAGCUUGGAGAAAAAGUACAUUAUAGUCAGUCUUAUUUGCAAAUAAGCAUCGAAAAAAACUUAGAUUUCAUAUUUUUUUUCAAAACAUUAUGUAAUCCAAUCAUUUUGCUGUUGUGUUUUUCAAAAUCUUUUUCAUUCAUUUUUCUUUUUUAAAAAGAAAUGAAAUUUUAUUUCUUUUUGAAUGUAUUUAACCAUUUUUUGUUUUAGUUUUGUAUAUUCAGAAUAAAUAUAGAGGCAAUAAGUAACAAAUCUGUUUUAUUUUAGCUGUAGUUGAAUGUAAUUUAAAUUUUUUUUGAAGAUUGUAUGGUCACCAAAAUUCAUGUAUAUAACUGAAUUGAAUUUCUUAGUGUUGAAGCUUAUCUUUUUUCUGCAAUAUCUAGUCUUUAAUUAAUAGUCUUCUUUCCCCAAAUUUUGUUUAAAAUAUUCUCACGUGAACUACUCUUAAGCUUGGAAGGUAGAAAAUAUAACACCAUGUCCUUCAUGUUAUAUUGAGGUCUUUAAAAUCAUCAUUUUUUAAAAGUUUGAAAUACAUGUAUUUUAGCAUCAUGUUUUUAUAAAAUGGCAAUUUAAUUAUCCAAAGUCAAGUUUUGAGGUUAGAGAGAGAAAAGAGCGUGGACAAGUUUUGCAUAAAUUGUGGAGGCGAACUUUGACGUUUUAUAAAUCAUUGUUAGAGAUCAUUGUAAAUAUGAUGCCGCCGAGGAACUAUUUUCAUGUACCCUUUAUUUUCGCAUAAUUAUCGUUUUCUCUCCCAAGUUUAAUAAUCAUAUUACACCUCUUGAACGUAGGAUCAUAACACUGCAUGACUCUUUAAGUGCCAAGGUUUUAACACCAAUACAAUAUGUGAUCAUAAAACGUAAUGAAAACAGUUCCAUAGGCAAUCCCACUUUAUGAUCCCGGUACACAUGUACUCGGGCUAGCUGAACUUGGUUUUCUUUUUGUAAUUUACUGUUACGUAAUUAAAAGUUAUUAUAUAUAG